CCCCCGCCGAAACGAGCAGCAACUGGCCAAGCACCGGCCCUUCCUCACGCCUCCCUCCUUCCCACCCAGCCUGGGAAGGGCAGUGGGCGGGGACCGCCGGCUGACAGGCAGGCCGCGCCUCUCGAAGGCGCCGAGCUCGGGGCUCCCGGCAGCCCCCCAGACGGAGGGCGGGCGGCUGGCUUUGCGCUUGCUCAGCCGCCGCCCAAGUCCGGGGGGAAGCCGGCAGGUCUCUCUCUGCAAAGCGAGGGAGGGAAGGAGGCAGCGCCGGCUCCUCCAUCUUCUUGUGGCGCAGGGAAGGGGCAGGCCCGGGCGGGAGGAAGGAUGCCCGCCAAUUGAGCGCCUCGCCUCCCAUCCCAGAAGGAGGCCGGUGCCGUAGGGGCGGUCGGCCCAGAUGCAAAGCAACCAGGGCGACGGCAGCGCCUCAGCGGAGGAGCUGCCCCAGCCUGCGCCUCCCGCCGCCUCGCCGACCCCGUCUCCAAUGGCGCUGGCUGGGCCCGAAGAGGGCAGCGGCCGCGGCGGAGCCCCGGGCCCCGAAGGCGCCUUCAGCCUAAACCCUGGGCAGCAGCUGCAGGAGGAGAUGGAGAAGCUGCAGGAGGAGAACGAGGCCCUCAAGAAUGAGAUAGAUGAGCUGAGGACUGAGAUGGAUGAGAUGAGGGACAGCUUCUUUGAAGAGGAUGCCUGCCAGCUGCAAGAAAUGCGCCACGAAUUGGAGAGGGCCAACAAAAACUGCAGGAUCCUACAGUACCGUCUUCGAAAGGCAGAGCGCAAGAGGCUCCGCUAUGCACAGACCGGGGAGAUUGACGGAGAACUUUUGCGAAGCUUGGAGCAAGACCUGAAGGUUGCAAAAGACGUUUCAGUGAGACUUCACCAUGAGUUGGAAAACGUGGAAGAAAAACGUACCACCACAGAAGAUGAAAAUGAAAAGUUAAGACAGCAGCUGAUAGAAGUAGAGAUUGCUAAACAGGCUCUGCAGAACGAACUUGACAGGAUGAAAGAGCAAUCCAUGAAAAGAAGAGGAAGCAAAGACUUGCAAAAAUCAGAAAAAAAGUCACAACAGACACCUACUGAGGAGGACAAUGAAGAUCUGAAAUGCCAGUUGCAGUUCAUCAAAGAAGAAGCUACCCUGAUGAGGAAAAAGUUGGCCAAAAUAGAUAAGGAAAAGGACAGAUUUGAACAUGAACUACAAAAAUAUCGGUCAUUUUAUGGUGAUCUAGACAGUCCCUUACCAAAAGGGGAGGCUGGAGGCCCACCUACCACAAGAGAAUCAGAACUCAAGCUUCGUCUGAGGUUAGUAGAGGAAGAAGCCAAUAUUCUGGGAAGGAAAAUAGUGGAGCUGGAAGUAGAAAACAGAGGGCUGAAAGCAGAGCUUGAUGACUUGAGAGGAGAUGAUUUCUCAGGGGCAGCCAACCCGCUCAUGGGGGAGCAGAAUGAAUCACUCUCUGAGUUACGGCAGCAUCUGCAGCUAGUUGAAGAUGAAACGGAGCUGCUGAGAAGAAACUUGGCUGAUGUAGAAGAACAAAACAAGCGCAUCACAGCAGAGCUGAACAAAUACAAAUACAAGACUGGGGCUCAUGACACUUCAAGGCAUCACGACAGCGCCAAGACAGAAGCGCUCCAGGAGGAGCUCAAAGCUGCCCGCAUGCAGAUCAAUGAACUCAGUGGUAAGGUCAUGCAACUUCAGUAUGAGAACCGAGUCUUGAUGUCCAACAUGCAGCGCUAUGACCUGGCCUCUCAUCUAGGGAUCCGGGGCAGCCCCAGGGACAGUGAUGCUGAAAGCGAUGCGGGGAAGAAAGAAAGCGACGAUGAUUCUCGUCCUCCACACCGCAAGAGGGAAGGUCCCAUCGGUGGGGAGAGUGACUCAGAGGAGGUCCGCAACAUCCGCUGCUUGACCCCCACUAGAUCCUUCUACCCAGCACCAGCAGGGUGGCAGAAAAGCUUCACAGACCGGCAGCAAAUGAAGGACAUCCGCUGCGAAGCGGAACGCCUUGGCAAGACGAUUGACCGCCUGAUUUCGGACACAAGCACCAUAAUAACAGAGGCAAGAAUUUAUGUGGCAAAUGGGGACCUGUUUGGACUUAUGGAUGAUGAAGAUGAUGGCAGUAGGAUACGGGAGCACGAACUUCUUUACCGAAUAAAUGCCCAGAUGAAGGCAUUUAGAAAAGAGCUCCAGGCCUUUAUUGACACACUAGAAGUUCCAAAGUCUUCAGAUGAUCGAAGUACAGAUGAACCUUUGUCAGUGAGUCAGUUUGUUUUGUUUUGUCCAUCCUUCCAAGAUAAGAAGUGCAAGAGCUGUAGUUUCUGUAGUAAUCGCUGCUGUAAAAACACUGAAGACUACUCACUGGAAAGAAGGGAUGCCAGCCCUCACAAGUCAAAUAAUAUAGAACACAAAAGAAACAAAAUCCCCCACAACUGAACCAGAAUUGUGCUCAACCAAAAAGCUAGGAUAUAUGUGUGACUGGAGCCCUUUCCCCUCCUCACUGCAUUCCCUGCUACGUUACAUCUGAACUGAAAUACUGCUGAAAGGAUUCUUCCUCUUCAAAAG